AUGACUUCUAGAAGCCAUACGGCUCUAGUCUGUACAUGCGGAGCUCUUGAAACUAUGGAAGUAGGCAUGUUGGAACUCGGUGGUGGCUGGCCAAUCUGCCUUGCUGGACUUAUCGUUUCGCUUCUUCUCGCUUCGCCAACGGUUUCCGAAGACGCCUGGAUCCCCGGUCGUGGCACUAUGCCUGGUUAAGAUCUUUUUCGCUUGAAAUCUCCUCCUUUGAUUUCU